UUACUUCAAGAUUACAWUAAAAAUCAAAAUCAAAAUGGUGGAACUGGUGGURGWACUGGUGGUAGUGGUAAUGGUAAUAGUGGAAAUGGUAAUGGUGGAAAUGGUAAUGGUGGAAAUGGUAAUGGUGGAAAUGGUAAUGGUGGAAAUGGUAAUGGUGGAAAUGGUAAUGGUGGUAAUGGUAAUGGUGGUAAUAAUGGUAAUGGUGGUAAUAAUGGUAAUGGUGGUAAUAAUGGUAAUGGUGGUAAUAAUGGUAAUGGUGAUAAUAUACUAASUAUUAGAAAAGAACAUUUACAGAAAAUWCUACUAGAUCUUCAAAAACAAAAUGGYGGUAAUGGUAAUAAUGAUAAUAAUGGUGUACUAAGUCUUACCCCGGAACAAUUAAGACAACUACUAUUAGACUAUGAAGCUAAACUUAAAAAAGAAGCUGCUGGUGGUGCUGGAGGUAAAACUGAUACUGGUAAUAAUCCUAGUACUAGUAAUAAUCCGGAUAAUGGUAGUAGUAGUAGUAGUAGUAGUAGUAGUAGUAGUAGUAGUAGUAGUAGUAGUAGUAGUAGUAGUAAUGUUAAAGUUGUUGGUAAUGGUCUUAGUUUUGAUAAAUUUAGCAAAGAACUAAUCUUAAGAUAUGGUCCAUUAUAUACUGAUCAAGAACAUCGACUAUUCUAUGAUAAAUAUCGCGAAUACAAYUAUGAUCUAGGUAGACUUUUAGAUUUUAUGUUAAAAUAUAAAAACAAUGCAAACAACAAUUACAUCACCACWACCACUACCACAACCACAACUGCCAUCAUUAUCGUCGUCAWCRCAAUCURWUUAURGACCAGUUAG